AUGAAAAAGCAAGAGAAUAACCUGCGUCAAAGCAAAGAACUUAUAGAGCUUUCUGUCCAUGUCAAUGAUACAACCAAGUUGAAUCUGAGGCUGCCUGCGGAUGCGCUCGUUGAAGACGUCAAGAAGGAGAUUUUCGAAAGAAUUGGAGAAGAUCCGAUUCCGCCAGAGAAUCAGAGAUUAAUCUAUUUAGCCAAAGUGUUGAAGAAUGAGCAACGGUUGAAGGAGGUCAAGAAUAUUCUUCAGAAUCCAGUCUUCCAUUUAAGUUUUUCCGAUCCAGCAAAUGCAUCCACGACCCCUUCAUCCGGGAAUGCUCGGAUUCAGCAUGUGAGAAAGAAAAUGGAGCUUUGCAACACUCUUAUCGCCAAUGGCUUGGAAUGCAUAAAAUCGUCGAAUUUGGACGCACCAGCCAGCAGCAGAAAAAGAUUCUCAGAGAGUAUGGAGACGGGUUCGGAUGUCCAAGGAACGGAGCUGCCUGAUUUGGCAGAAAUUACAGAGUCUCUCGGGCACGCGAUGGUCAAGUGCUCCAGCGAAUUGCAUCUAAUGGGGAACACAUUAAUUGAAAGCGAGACAACUUACGUGGAUUCGGCGACUGGGGCACCUUUCGAGCGGCCAACGAACCUGGCUGACGACGGAAAAAACCUGUAUCAAAACAACUUGGACGCGGCAAAGUACUUUAGCCCCUGCUUCAAAAUCCUCUGUGAUUUCCACGUCAAUCUCACCCAGCCACCUUUCACCGGAGAGCGUCUUUCUACUGUCCAACUACGACGCGAAGAACUUUGA